CGCGUCCCCGCCCCUGCGCCAUGGCCGAUGUGGAGGACGGGGAGGAGGCGGGCGCCCCCCACUCGCACCCGGGCUCGGCGGGAUCUAAGGCGGGCGGCCCCGACAAGAUGUUCUCGCUGAAGAAGUGGAACGCGGUGGCCAUGUGGAGCUGGGACGUGGAGUGCGACACCUGCGCCAUUUGCCGGGUGCAGGUCAUGGAUGCCUGUCUUAGAUGUCAAGCUGAAAACAAACAAGAAGAUUGUGUUGUGGUUUGGGGAGAAUGCAAUCAUUCCUUCCACAAUUGCUGCAUGUCCUUGUGGGUGAAACAGAAUAAUCGCUGUCCCCUCUGCCAGCAGGACUGGGUAGUCCAGCGAAUAGGCAAAUGAAAAUACUGGAAGUUUUUUUUUUUUCUGUUGAACUUGUUGAAAUAGUGUAUGUCUUAUGCCAUAUGCUCAUACAAAAAAAUGAAACGUGUCAAUUAUGGCAUGAUUUAUUUGGCUUAUCUGCUACAAGAACAGUGUGGUUUUGUUGUAUGCUCUUUUCUGUACAAGGUGGCAAUGGUCAGUCUUACUGCAGGUAUUUCUACAAUGAAAAAAAGAGAGAUGCUACAUUAGCAAAUAUAUCUGGUAUGAUUUGAGUGUUAACUGUAUCAGAGCAUAGAAAUGUGGUGGUGCAGAUUAUACCCUAAAUACAGUUUAUUUAAUGUUUUUUGCAUAGAUAAAUGGAUUAAUUCGAAAGGGCGACCUCACCUACAAGUCUGAUACGCUGCAUAGUUCGCUGUCAGGAUAAAGAAAUUGUUUUCUAAGUAAUAUUGUAUACAAAGACACAGUUGAUGAGUUUUUUAGAAAGUAUUCUGUUUUUUAAUCUAAAAUUAAUUGCGUGUAAAGCAUUUGCUAUGUGCUUUUGCCAUCACACUAUACUAAACAUUUCUAACUUAGGUUUUCUUUAUUACUUUAGAAAAUCUUGUUUUGUUGUAUUUCUAAUUCUGUUGCUGUAUUAUAUUCUGUACAUGAUUCCUACGACCAUAGUGUUAAAAUUUAACCACAUUAAUAUUUUUUUUUAUUUAUAUUUCUGUUAGAGAUCACAGAGACAUGCAUUUUUAAUCCAGAGGCUUUUGGUACAAAGACACGUAUUUGGUAUCAGUUAACUAGUGGUGUAAACAAUCUCACUGGUUAGCUGACUAAUCUAGAAAGCAAACAAAAUGGAUAAUUUAAAUAUCGCAAGGAAAGCAGGUACUAGUUAAAUCUAGGGAAAAAUGUUAAAUUGUGGUUUCAUGAAAAUUCAGUUAAUAGAAGUUUCUUUAUCAUCAUUGUAUUGGUUAUAAUGUUUUGUAAGUGGGAGAAAACGUUUCAUUUUUGUGGAAAUCCCCUAUAUAUCAUCUUUUUAUAUGAAUUGUGUGAUUUUUAUUUUUUUUCUUACAGAUAUUUAAGUAUUUGCCUCUGACUUUUCCUUUUCCCUAAAUAUCCAAAGUAAUUACUAUUAAUCUGGACAUGUGCUGUGGGGUUUAUUUUAAUAUAUGUAAUAGGUUGAAUUACUGCUUUAAGUCUGUAACAAAUUCAGACUUAAUAAAAUGGUUAAUAAACCUGGGUGAAAUUGAAGCAAUA